GUCAUGUCUUAAAACAACAAAACAAAAGUGGCCGAAACGUUGUCUGGUUAAAAGAGAAAGGGCCAAGAAACUAAACUUGUUUCAAAUAAAAUAUAUACCCAGCUCUUAUUUAAUAUCAUCGCAAAUUUGAGAUGUAUUUUGAUUUAUCAGAUAGCCAUAGAAAGGAGGUGUUUGUGAAAAUAGAAUCACUCAAGAAUUCUGGUGUUUUUUCUGAUGUAAAACUUCUUGUUGGAAACAGAGAAAUAACUGCUCAUAAACUACUUCUCGCAUCAUCAGUCCCCUAUUUUUAUUCCAUGUUUUCACAUGACUUAAUAGAACGUAAACAAGACGUUAUUAAAAUAAAGGACAUGGAUCCUGAAGCAGUAGAAACUAUAAUAAAUUUUGUAUAUACUUCAAAGAUAAUCGUGAAUCAAAAGAAUGUACAAAGUCUUUUACAUGUAGCCACUAUCCUUCAGGUUAAAUUGAUUCAAGACAAGUGUUGUGAGUUUCUUGAAAAACAGUUGGAUCCCGCAAACUGUUUAGGCAUAUAUGCAUUUUCGGAGAGUCAUGGUUGCUUGAAUCUCAAGGAAAAAUCAAAAUAUUAUUGCAAUCGCCACUUUUGUGAAGUUGUAAAAGAAGAGGAAUUUCUAUGUUUACCUUUUGAAAGAGUGAGAUGGUUCCUAGAUCAAAAUGAUCUGUGCGUGCGAUCAGAGAGUGAGGUGUUCAAUGCUGCUAUUUCAUGGAUUCAACAUAAUUUUACUGAAAGAAGAGAUAAAAUACCGCAGUUGUUACCACAUGUCAGGUUGCAGUUAUUAUCUCAGACAUUUCUUACAUCACAAUUAAAAAGCAACCAUGUUAUUUCUAAUGAUUUACUCUCAAUAAAAUUAUUAUCUGCAGCUUUAAAGGAUGUUCAAGAAGGUUGUGUAUCCGUUAAAAAACGCAUGCCGGCUGGAAACACUGUUAUAUUUUGUAUGGGCGGAUACAACAAAAAAUCAUUUGCUUCACAUGAAUAUUUGAACCCUGAAACAAGGGACUGGAUUAGAUUAGGAACGAUGCCAAAGCCAAAAAGUGGAGCUGGUGCAGUGUUUGUGGGUGGUUUGCUGUAUCUUGUUGGUGGCAGAACAAACUCCUCUUGUGAGAAAUUAGAUUCGAUCACAUCUGUAGAAACAUACGACCCGUUUUCCAACAAAUGGAGCAAUAUAGCUAAAUUGAGUGCAACACGACACCGUUUGGGCGUCACUGCCUUAGAUGGCGUUAUAUAUGCAGUGGGCGGGAGCGAUGGAACUGUAUGCUUAAAUACAGUGGAGAAGUAUGAUGCAGAAAAUGAUAUUUGGAAUCCAGUGGCUUCCAUGAGCGCUCGUCGAAUGGGAGUAGGCGUGGCAGUUUUGGAGGGCUUGUUGUAUGCUGUGGGAGGCUUUGACUCUGAAAACAGACUUCGCACUGCAGAAUGUUAUUGUCCUGUCACAGAUAAAUGGAAGAAUAUCGCACCCAUGAAUACAACAAGAAGCGGUGCAGGUGUGGUUGCGUUAAACGGUCACGUGUACGCACUAGGAGGAUACAACGGCGUGGCACAAUUAAACAGCGUUGAACGAUAUUGUCCUUUGGAAGACAAGUGGACCAUGAUCACACCUAUGAACGAACAUCGAAGCGCACUAAGCGUUGCCAUAGUUUCCAACAAAAUUUAUGCCCUGGGUGGGUAUAACGGUGAAAGGUUUCUAGACAGUGUGGAGGUGUACGAACCAGAAAUUGGUGAAUGGCAGGUGAUCGAUUCAAUGCCGGAAGCUAGAAGCGGGGCUGGUGUUGCCGUGGGUGUGAUGCCUGUUAUAUAGUGUACAUAACCCAGUGCUGGUUUAAAAUGGGCAUGUGUGACCAGGAUAACAUGCCUUUUCCUUGCAUAUAUGCUGAGGAAUCAUACUAUGUGGUUUCUUAAAACUUUGUAACAUAACCUUUGAGGUUCUUGUUGGAAUAUAGAAUAAGGUAAAAAAAAUACGAGGUCAUUGUUAAACUUUGGAGGAAAGAAAUACAGAAAAACAAUAGAAAAACGGUUGAUCUGAACAUAUGGAGUCCAUCAUCUGAAGCAGUUUAUUAGUCCUUCUGACAGGUUCUCUUUCUUUUGGGAGAUCGUGUUCCUUCGUAAAUCCUUGUCGACCACUUUGUUUCCAUUGCUUUUGUUUUAUACCCUUUUUCUGGUGCUGUUUGAAGUAUUUCUCUUAAUAAAAUUUCUGGCGUACUUUAAGAAUUUUUUGUGUUUAUUUAUUGCUGUAUGUAUGAUACGUAUUUUUAUAAGUCAGUAUUUUUAUUGCAUUUUCCAUUAGUAAUAA